AUGAGUCUGGGUAUUGUGUCUAAAUUGCUGAUGCAGUCUCCAAGCACUGCUAGCAUUGAUAUGCUUCAGCUUAGAACAGCUGAGAUUCUAGUCUCAAUGUCUGAGGGACUUGUGUUCGAUUCACCGCCCCAGGGUAACCCGUGUCCUCCUCCGCUUAAUCUCUCCAAAGGAGCUACCAACUUCCAACCGGCAAAUGAUGUCAGUGGUCUCGACAAUGAUGGUGAACUUCAUCGAAGAUUAAAAUUCAAACUCCAUCGAACCAAACCUCAUGAAACUGCAGCCAGUAACCUGAAGCACAAAGGAGCUGGCACUGAACCGGGCUCCCGUUUAGCUGAAAUCCUUCGUGAGCAGAACUGUGAAGGAAGAAUUCCUGUACGUCGGGCCUCAGCGGAUCUUAUUGAUUCAAGCGUCUUCUUAAGAUUGAUGGCCCACCGUCAACAAAUUCAACAUCAUGUUCAGGAAAAUCCAAAUCCCUUCAGUGUUGUCUCACCUCAGCCCUCAUCCUCAGAUGAUAGUGUUUCUCCCAGUUCAACUCCUUCAUCAUCCCAUUAUACCGGCCCAGAAGUAGAAGAAUCCUCUUAUUCAAUGACCAAAAACCAUAGCUGUCCCUUUGAUCUCCAUGCGCUUUCCCUCAAUCCCACACCAGGCUUCGUAGAAAGACGAGCGUCAGACCCCUGUCCUACUUCAUAUGCUGCUCUUCAGAAACAACAAGCUGCAGCACAGAAUCCUUCCAGUGCACCUACAGGCAGAGUAAAGACGCAUCAUUGCACUUUUGCUGGCUGUGAUAAAGCCUACUUCAAGAGUUCUCAUCUGAAGGCCCAUGUUCGAACCCAUACAGGUGAAAAACCCUAUGCCUGUGAUUGGGAGGGUUGUGGUAGGCAAUUCGCUCGAUCAGAUGAACUAUCGAGGCAUAAACGAGCUCAUACUGGCGAACGAAAGUUUGUUUGCACUUUCUGCCCCCGACGAUUCAGUCGAAGUGACCAUCUUAACAAGCACCUGAAGCGACAUCAAUUGGAAGGUGCGGCGGUAGCUCCUAAUGGAAUAAUGAAUCCACUGCGCCGAGGGUCGAUAGAUUUACCAGUCUCCAUGAUCGCUAAUGAUCCCCUAACACAGGUCUUGUUCAAGCCCUGGUCAACCGAAUAUCCUUUACCGAAGUGA